AUGGAAGUGUCUGAAGCUCGUUUUAAUGAAACCCUAAAGCACCAUAUGGGGAUGAUGGAUCAGAUGCUGAAAGUUCAUAACGAUAUUGUCGAUGCUGUUAAAUUGGACGCAAUACACAAGGUGGUUGAAGAUGUUAUGGAAGAAUUAAAGAAGCAAUCACCUACAGUAGACACAUACGAUAAUCUGUCCAAGAUUAUUAAUCUAAGCUUCGGAAAGGUUUUGGAGAAGAUUGGGGGACUGAAAGACCAGAUCAAGCUUGCUCCAAUGGCUGGGGCAUUCGAUGCAAGAGGGAAAGAAGGUGUUUGUGAUCUGAAUAUGGAAUACAAGUUAAGGGAUGAUGAUUCAGAUGAAGAAAUGCAAAUAUCUCCAUCAAAGAAAACUUCCGCAACCGAGAAGAUCAUAUCCAAUGAAGCCAAGUCCCAAUUGUCUACUUGGCCAGUUACUUAUUCUGAAGUAGUAACCAAACGUUUACAAGAUGCUAAGGCCAAGAGACUGAAAUUAAUUCAAUCCUUUAAAGCUUCUCAAUCAACCCAUUCAGUGAAACGUCCGAUUAUUGCACCUAUUGAUCAAUGA